ACCAUGCUUCUCACUGGCCAAUACAUAGCAUCAGCAAUCCAGGGUUUAUAUACAUCAUUGGUUGGAACCCUACCACCUGUACUCUCCUCCUGUUGCAUUUGGUUCUUGACCUUGUUCAUGUGAUGUGGCCCUAAAGAUUGUUGUCCCCUCCCUCACCUCCCUCCCUCCCUUCGUUUCUCUUACAGUCCCGUCACUCUCAUCAGCAUGUGUCCGGAGCAGUAUGAGCUUUCCCAGUCUCCCCAGUUCUCUCAUGAUGACACUCAUUCCAGGAUAGAGCAGUAUGCUAGCAGGCUGGCUCAGAUGGAACGCUCCAACGGUUCUCUGCCCACUGACAGCAGCUCAGCUACAGGAAGCAUGGACGAUGAGCAUGCUCUGAUCCUGCAGUACUGCCAGACCCUGGGGGGGGAGGGGUCUCCCUGCAGCCAGCCCCAGAGCCCCGCCCAGAUCCUACAGGCCGUGGAGAGGGAGGAGCGUGGGGAGCUGGAGCGAAUCAUCCAUCGCCUGGAGGAUGAGCAGAGGACACUGAAAAGGGAGUAUGAACAGCUGAAGGAGCAGCACGGGGACCAGCGGGGGCCUGGGUCUGUGGGGCAUUGGGACCCUGAGGGGUCUUCUCACCCCGGGGGUCCUGGCGAGGCUGACCUGCUGGCUGAGGCCAAACUGCUCCGGCAGCACAAGAGCCGUCUGGAGGACCGCAUGCACAAACUGGAGGAGCACAACAAGCAGCUGGAGUCCCAGCUCCAUCGGCUCAGACAACUACUGCACCAGCCGGAGAUGGACUCCAGGGUGAAUGGAGUGUCGUCCCCAGCAUGCAAGAACAAGGGGCCCUCACCGAACACACAGAUGAGCUGUUGGACCACCCACACAACCGCAACUCUGACCUGGCAGACAUCAUGGAGCAGAUAAACCACACCUUCCCUGCAUGCAGUCCUUCAAGCCUCUCCUCGAGACCACAGGUGAUGUGAGAGCCAUCAACAAAGAGGAAGGUGUGUGUGUGUUUUCUGAGAGAGAAACAUUCCCAAACACACAGCUUCUAUGCCUUCCCUCGCUAAACUUUUCAGAAGGACAGGUGGAGAGCUAGACCCCUUAGCAAGAGACCCCCCGGUAAAACCCAAAGACAGGACCACAGAACUUUACUACUAUUACCACGUCGUCGUCUUGUACUAUGCAAAAUGUACAUUUUAUUAACUGUAGAUUGUACCUGGAGUCGGUUAAACAUUUGUCAGUAAUUUGUAUGAAUAUGCCGAUGAUUAUGGGGGUUCCGGGGGCUUUGUAUAACAACAUGUGUUUUUUGUGGUAUUUGUUUUGUUUUUUGUUCCGCUUUCACUGGGAAUCAAACUCCUCUCUGCUUCUACCCUACUGCCGUCAUAACGGGGGACAUAGUAACUGUUUUUAUAUCCAAUUUGGGGAAGGUGGCCCAUUUUAAGAUUAUCGCCUCAAAUGAUCGUUUUAGACAAUAGGCUCUGUGUCUGUCCUCAAAGCAUCACAGUUGUUUUGAACAUGUUUUUCCUCCCUUUAAAGCGUUAUUCAUGCGAUUCUGUCGGCGUUGUCAUGCCUGCCGCAAUUGCGACGUUAACGUAACCCCUUCUGUGCCUAUACAGUUGUCAUUCCAAGUGUGGCAGACUGAUUUAACGUUGUAGUAAUUAAGUUGGAUUGUUGUAUAAAGGAGAGAGGGGCGGAAACUAUAAAUUAAUGGAACCUUAAGCUGUUCUGAAAUAAUCAAGUUUGUAAGAGGCCCACAGUCCAUCAUUGUGUAGAAUAGUUUUAUAAAUAUAUGUUUUUAAAAAAAAUCAGAAGAAAGCCAUGAUUGCCUUGCUACCUCAGACAAACACCUUUUCAUUUGCGUGGUCUGUAACUUGUUUCAUUUCCAUUUUACUGUACUCACAACAAGAAAACAAACUGAAAAACAUUCUAAACGUGUUGCUUAUAGAGGUGUACUGCGGUGGGGAGAUACCCAGCAGAGUAUCAUAACAGCCAAAACACAAAGACAUCCUAUUAGUUAACUACCCAUGGGUCUGUGGCCUUUCUACGCUGCCCCAAAUCGGUGUACUGUGUCUGGCUCUGUUGAUUUCCCCCUGUCAGACCUCUAGCACUGCUCUCUAUGAGUUAUGCGUUGUGUUUUGUGCUAUGCUAUUCUGUAAAACGUGAUCGUUUUAACAGCGCUAUUAUAACCUCCUCCAACUAUGUCCUUGGACUUAUGAUGAUGAUAAUAUAGUGUACCACGGCAGAACAGCGUCUUUCCUGAGGUAUGUAGUAUAGAUUGACCACACUACAUGUAAUAUGGCUACAUACUGUAUGUUUUAUUCGAAAUAAAUUUUUAUAACAAC